AUGUUGCAUGUCGCAGUCAGUUGGGUUGUAGGGAAGUUGCCGCCUUCCGCAUUUUACCAAUGGGCUUGGUACACCCGAAACACACACGACACAACACUACGAGAUUUCGGUAACUGGAUCGGGGAGCUUGCGGACAGCAUAGGAGCCCUGCCCGUCGCAUACACACCAUCGGCCCCAAACACGACGCGACCCGAUCGACCCCGCGCAGAACAACACUCGACGCGACGGACGAACGCGUUUGUGAACGUGCACGCAACGGAGACGCAGGACGAUGCAACAUGUAGCAGCGGCAAAGUGUGCGCAGCAUGUGACGGCCAGUGUAGUGUCCUUACGGAGUGCAAGACAUUUCUAUCACUGAACGUGAAGGCUCGAUGGGCCAUCGUGACCAAUCGAAAGGCGUGUUCACAGUGUCUAAGGUGGCAUCGAAGCACUUGCCGAGUCUCCAACGUGUGCGGACAAGGAGGCUGCACGCAGAAACACCACACACUACUACACAGCGAGAAAGUCGGUAACCGGCCGGCUUCGACAACGACGGUGGCAACGGCGGAGUGCAACGUCCAUGUGAACGCAGCGGGCGGGGUCCUACUACGGUAUGUGCCGAUCGUCCUUCACGGCAAGGGAAGGACGGUAAAGACCUAUGCCUUGCUGGACGACGGAUCAUUUUCCACCUUCAUCGAGCACGACCUGGUCGCAGAACUGGGGUUAAGUGGAGCUCCGCAGCCGCUGUGCAUCAACUGGACCGGUAAUCAGAAACGCGAGGAGGCCGGGUCAGUUCGAUUAGCGAUCACACUUUCUGGCGCUUUCGACGGGAGCAAGCGGCAUAAAAUGUCGAAGGUGCACACGCUGGAGCAACUUGCGCUACCAGAACAGUCGCUAGACACGGAAGCACUGUCCAAGCAAUAUAAGUACCUCAUGGGAGCGCAAGCCGAAUCUUACGCUGAUGUCAAACCCCGGGUGCUAAUCGGAGCAGACAAUUGCAGGUUGGGGCAAGCGAUGGUGACUUUAGAGGGCAAGGCCAACCAACCUAUUGCUACAAAGACGAGACUGGGGUGGAUUGUUUAUGGGCCGUGUUCUUCGUUUCAUCCGACCGUCGAGAAAACCGUUCUGCACCAUAGCAUUAACAUCUGUCCAUGCGCUGACCAAAGUGACGACAAACUGCACAGCGCGGUGAAGGAAUUCUUCGCGAUCGAGUCACUUGGAAUUUCAAGCACCACAAGGGCACUACAUUCGAAGGAUGACGAACGGGCACUCGAGAUCCUUAAACGAGAAACAAGGAUUGAAGGAAGCCGUUUUGAGACCGGUCUCUUGUGGCGAUGCGACAACGUUCGACUUCCCUGUAACAAAGACAUGGCGAUGAAGCGGUACGAGUGUCUCAAGAAAAGAAUGCUUAAAGACCCUGAGCUAGCAAAGGCGAUCACGCAAAAAAUGACGGAAUACGAGGCAAAGGGUUACAUACGACGCUUGACCGAAUCGGAAAAACUCGAAAAACACCCUAGGGACUGGUACCUGCCGAUUUUCCCAGUCACCAACCCGAACAAACCAGGGAAGCUGAGGAUGGUGUUCGACGCAGCUGCCAAAGUCAGGGGUGUGAGUUUGAACACCCAUCUCGUCACCGGGCCGGACCAGCUCACUAGUCUUCUCUCGGUAUUGUUUAAGUUUAGGGAAUACCACAUUGCUGUAGCCGGUGACAUUAGAGAAAUGUUCUUUCAAGUUAAAAUGAAGAAAGAAGAUCAACGAAGCCAAAUGUUUCUCUGGGGUGACCAAGGCAACAACGCUGAGCCGGCGACGUAUGCCGUAGCGGUCAUGACAUUCAGCGCAGCAUGCUCACCAAGCAGCGCUCAAUAUGUAAAAAACAUCAAUGCUGAACGGUUCGAAGAGCAAUUCCCACGCGCAGUCAGCUGUAUUAAGAACGAGCACUAUGUGGAUGACAUGCUCACUAGUGUUGAAACCGAAGAAGAGGCGAUAGAACUAGCCGAGCAAGUCCGUCUUAUCCACGCCCAAGGUGGUUUCGAAAUCCGAAAUUGGGUUUCGAACUCGUUUAAUGUGGCCGCGCACCUACGAAAGGAACAACCCUGUGACCUCAGCCUAAAUAUGUGUUCUGAAACCCACAAGGAAAAAGUGUUGGGAAUGUGGUGGGAUAUAGCAACGGAUUCGUUCACAUUCCGUCUCUCACCCAAACACGAUAAGCAGCUACUCUCAGGCGAAAGAUUUCCCACCAAACGAGAAGUCCUGAGAACACUCAUGAUGAUAUACGACCCAAUGGGCCUGAUCGGAUGUUUCCUCAUCUUCGUAAAGAUUCUCUUACAGGAAAUAUGGCGAGCAGGACUCGGAUGGGACCAAGAGAUCAUCGGGACCAUUUCUGAAAAGUGGUCCAUGUGGGUAACGUAUCUGCCGGAAGCUUUAAAGGUGAGCAUACCCCGGUGCUACCGAAAUACCACGUCAGCCAGUGUACAACACGUCCAGUUGCACGUAUUCUGCGAUGCGAGUGAGUAUGCGAUGGCUACCGUGGCAUACUUUCGUUUCAAGGAGGGCGACACCAUAGAGUGUGCGCUAAUCGGGUCGAAAACACGCGUAGCACCCAUAAAGUUUGCCUCGAUUCCCCGACUCGAACUACAAGCAGCGCUAAUUGGAUCAAGAUUUUCCGCUACGAUCCUGCAGGAGCAUCGAAUCAAUAUCGCCAAGUGUGUUUACUGGACGGACUCCAAAAACGUGAUAAGCUGGCUACGCUCCGAUCACCGACGGUACAGUCAGUUUGUCGCUUUCCGUGUAGGGGAAAUCUUGGAACAUACAGAAGUGACGGAUUGGCGGUGGCUUCCGACGAAGAUGAACGUGGCGGAUGAAGGGACCAAGUGGCAACGUUUCCCAGACCUGGGUCCAUCAAGCAGGUGGUUCCGAGGACCCGACUUCCUUCGUGAACCAGAACAGCAGUGGCCAGGAGCCCAGGCAUCCAUUGAAGAAACCGCAGAGGAAUUGAGGCCGAAGCUGCUGCAUCACUCAGUCACUGAGCCCUUAAUCCUUUUCGAUCGUUUUUCCAGGUGGAAAAGGCUACUAAGAGCGAUCGCAUACGUUCUCCGAUUUGCAAACAACCUGCGGAAGCAAUCCAAGCGGGAGCCAAUCGCCACGGGACCGCUCAACUCGAAAGAGCUAGAGCAGGCCGAGCGGGCAAUAUUCAUCACCGCUCAACGAGACGCCUUCCCCGAGGAGAUACAACGCCUAAGCGAUGCUGACCACGGACACCAGCCGACGAGAAGUGUCCUCAACAAAGACAGCACGCUGUUCCGAUUAUCCCCGGAAAUCGACGACCACGGAGUGCUGAGAUCGCGAAGCCGCUUGAUUAACUGCCCUUGGAUCGAUGACUACGUAAAGCGUCCCAUAAUCUUGCCUAGGAAUCACCGCGCAACGGCCCUCCUGCUAGCGGAUUUCCACGAGAGGUAUAUGCACAUUAACCACCAAACGGCUAUUAACCAGGUCCGAGAGAAGUUCCACAUACCGCGGAUAAACUCCGAAUUUAACCGUGUACGUCGAAGCUGCCAAUAUUGCAAGGUUCACCGCGCCAACCCGGAUCCCCCGCUGAUGGGAAACCUUCCCAUGGAACGGUUGGCAGCUUUCCAACAACCGUUCACCUACACGGGAGUUGAUUACUUCGGGCCCAUGCACGUAGCAGUUGGCCGACGAUCGGAGAAGCGGUGGGGAGUAAUUUUCACGUGCCUCACUACACGGGGAAUACACUUGGAAGUCGUCCACACGCUGAACACCUCAUCCUGCAUUCUCGCGCUCCGGCGGUUCAUUGCGCGAAAGGGAAUGCCGGUGGAAAUACGAAGCGACUGCGGAACCAACUUCGUUGGGGCCUCCCGCGAGCUGAAGGAGGUUCUGCAAAACAUUGAUCGUGACAAGUUGAUGGAAGAGUUCAACGCGCCAGGUCUGACGUGGGUAUUCAACCCUCCAGGGGCACCACAUUUCGGAGGUGGUUGGGAGCGCCUGAUCCAGUCGGUAAAAAGGUGUAUUGGUGAACUUCAGAUGCCGCGACUCCCAACCGAUGAAAUCCUGGAAACGACAUUGGCUGAGAUUGAGGUUGUCAUAAACUCAAGGCCCCUCACACACGUACCCCUGGACAAUGAGUCAGAUUCACCACUAACGCCUAACCAUUUUCUCUUCGGAAGCUCCAACGGGACGAAACCUCCGGUCGCCCUCGAUGACGGUUCCACAGCACUGCGAACAACGUGGAAGACAUCGCAACAGCUAGCCAACAGACCACUCUAG